CCCGCUAAAAUGCCUGCACCGAUUCUUCGUCUCUCUCCAAGAUGGCGUCGAUGAGGGACAGCGACACCGGCCUGUGGCUUCAUAACAAAUUGGGCUCCACGGACGAGCUGUGGACGCCGUCCAGCAUCGGCUCUCUGCUCACAGUGUCGGUCAUCGACAACAUACGGCUGUGCUUCUCCACGCUGUCGCCCGCCGUGAAGCUGAAGCUGCUGCUCGGCAUGCUGCACCUCCCGCGCAGGACCGUGGACGAGAUGAAGGAAGCUCUGUCGGAGAUCAUUCAGUUAGCCACUGUAGACUCAGAGCCAUGGGUGCUAAUGGUGGCAGAUAUCCUGAAAUCGUUCCCUGAGACAGGUUCUCUCAAUUUGGACCUGGAGGAGCAGAACCCCAACGUGCAGGACAUCCUAGGAGAGCUUCGAGAAAAAGUGAGUGAGUGUGAGGCAUCUGCCAUGUUGCCUCUUGAGUGUCAGUAUCUGAAUAAGAGCGCUCUGACCACGCUGGUGGGACCCCUCACACCCCCCAUCAAACACUUCCAGCUCAAGAGAAAACCAAAGAGCGCCACCCUCAGAGCUGAGCUCCUCCAGAAAUCUACAGAAACUGCACAGCAGUUAAAAAAAACUGCAGGAGUGCCUUUCCAUGCUAAAGGAAGAGGACUAGUCAAGAAGAUUGACACCACAACACCACUAAAGGGGAUCCCCAAGGCUCCAUUCCGCAGCCCCACAACCCCCAGCAUGUUCAGCCCCCCCAGCAACAGAACGCCAAUCGCCCCGGCACGCACACCCCUGCGCAAAGAGAGAGGAGUGAAGUUAUUAGAUAUCUCAGAGCUGGACAUGGUUGGAGCAGGCAGAGAAGCCAAGAGGAGAAGAAAGACAUUGGAUACAGAAGCAGGAGAGAAAGCGGCCAAAGAGGAGGCAGUGGUGGAGAACGCUACACCAGAUUAUGCUGCCGGCCUGGUAUCUACACAGAAAUUGGGGGCUUUAAACAGUGAGAGUGCCCUACCAUCAACCAGCUACCUCCCAGCCACACCCAGCAUGGUGCCCUCAUCCUCAUACAUUCCCAGCUCAGAGACGCAGCCGGCCAACGCAGGCGGUUCGGGGCGUGAUGCUACAAACCGGCAGCCCGAGGAGUCCACAGCGACUGGUGCUGCUGCUUCCACACUGCCGGGCCAAUUCAAACAGAGACCGCCCAUGUACAACGCCAGCACUGCGAGCCCCACAGCCCCAACCUCUCCCACCACGCCCACCAGCACGCCUCUCAACAAUGCCCCAGCUCCUGCUGCCACAGCAACACAAGCAGACACGGCCACGCCGCCGCCCACCAACACAGCUCAGCCAGCACCCACACCAGCCCCCCAGCAACCGCAGCCCAAAAAGAACCUGUCGCUUACGCGAGAACAGAUGUAUGCUGCACAGGAAAUGUUCAAGACUGCAAACAAAGUCACUCGACCAGAGAAAGCUCUCAUCUUGGGCUUCAUGGCAGGAUCAAGAGAGAACCCAUGUCCAGAGCAGGGUGACAUCAUCCAGAUCAAGCUGAGUGAGCACACGGAGGUUCUUCCAAAAGCAGACGGUACAGGCAGUACCACCAUGCUGGUGGACACUGUGUUUGAGAUGAACUAUUCUACAGGCCAGUGGACACGGCUCAAAAAAUACAAACCCAUCACAAAUGCCUCGUGAAGGAGGACUGUCUUUGUACUCACACACACUUACACAUACAUGUAUACAAACAUUCACACACAUCACAUUUGUCUCCUUAAGAAGACAAAUGUAAAAUACACAAAAUGCACACAAAAAAACAAGUGACCGACAAGUCAAGUACAUGCUCUGGUUCAUACAGACAGGAUGUGGGCCAAAUUGUGAAUGACUGGCACUAGGGUUAACCUUUGGGUGGGUUUAACUGGAGUGAGAUGGACUUACUGUUUUGGCUGACCUCACUUCCUGUCUAUGUUCCUGCAUUGCCAAAAGCCAGGGACCUUUUUUCUUUAUUAUGUUUUUUUUUGUUUUGUGCUUUGUAAUGUUUCUUCAUUUUUAUGGCCCUUUUGAGAAAAAAAUCCUCCCCAGAAAUUCCAGAUUGUGUGUGAAAAUGGAGCAGAGGUGGGGUUCUUGUUCUGGAACGCUUUGACCUUCUUUAAUUGACAGCUGUCAAAGGCAUCACAAGGCAUAAGCACUGUCUAAACACAGGAAAAUGUCCACCUGUUUCAGUGUGAGAAUGUAAGAAAAUAAUUACAUUUGCAAAAAAAAACCACAAGAUGGACUUUGCUGCCUUUGCUGGUUACGUUUUUUUGAACAGCUCUGGAGGAUGUUUGUUUUUCAGCUUCACAGAAGAAGGGAAGAAAUAAAGCGCUACAUGUCCAGACCUGAA